CCUUCUUUGGCGGGCCAUUUCUCAGAGUCUCGAACCAGUGUAAUAGUCCGAGCCAUCACAUCGCCAUAGGCCUUCAUCUGCUCGAACUCUUCGUCACAGAAGCAGACACCCCGCCACGAUGCCUCACGCCUUGUCGAUGGCCUCGACUGGCCUUCAAGCCCUCAUCCUCUGCGGGCCGGGCUCGUCAUUUCCGACCUUCACUUCCAACCCCGAUGAGAACCCAAAGGCGCUGCUGCCCAUUGCCAACCGGCCCAUGGUGUGGUACCCCAUUGACUUUUGUCUCCGAACCGGCAUCACAAGCAUAACCCUCAUCUGUCCUCCAUCAGCCUCAAAAGCCCUGACAGCCGCCCUCAACACCAACCCCUAUCUCACGGCCUUGCCGCUGCCACGGCCCGAUGUCUUGGCCCCAGCUGACCUGGACCAAAACACGGGCACCGCCGAGAUACUGCGACUUCCCGAGGUCAGAGAGCUCGUCACCGGCGACUUCAUUGUCUUGCCGUGCGAUCUCGUCUCCGAGCUCGCCGGUGAGCAGCUGCUCCAGGCUUGGAUGGUCAAGUCCGCCAGCCUCACCGGCCUCCUCGGGGCGAAGCAGCUCUCCAACGGCCACCAGACCAAAUACAGCGGCGGUCUCGGCGUGUGGUACAACACGAAAGCCAGUGCUCCCGUCAAGGGCGAGGAGACGGAUUUCAUCGCCACGGCCCCUUUACCCACCUCUUCCACUGCUCCUCCCAAGGGAUCAAUCUUCCAGAACUUGUCAAAGCUGGUGUACUCCAUGCCCACCGAUUCCUUCAACGACCUCACGGAAGAGAGGAAAGCCAUCCCGAUCCGCCACGGUCUGGUCAAGGCCAACCCCCGGGUGCGCAUGUACACAACCCACAGGGACGCUCACAUUUACAUUUUCCCCCGAUGGGUCCUGGAUUUCAUCAAGAAGAACGAGCGACUGGAGAGCAUCGGCGAAGACGUCGUGGGCUGGUGGGCCAAGGCCGGCUGGCAAACCGGGCUGGCGGACAAGCUCUCGUUUGGCGAGGUCUGUCGCAGCGGCGGUGACGAGGACGAGGACGGGUCUGAGCUGGAAGGCCGCUCAUCGCCCGCCGAAUCCGCGCCCGGAAACCAAGAGAACGCGAGGGACGCCGUUUCCUCAGCAGCAACGGGCUCCAAGUUUGAGCCUCCGUCUAUCCUGGCCUACAUUCACUCUCAAAAGGACCAAGCCACCGGCUCAAUACUGCGCCGCGUCGAUACCGCACAGCUGCUGCUCGCCAUUUCCCUUCAGCUCGCCAAGCUCCCCUCCAUCGAGGAGGAUCCCGAGAACCCCUCGCCCUUUGCUCACCCCAAGAAGGUCGCGUACCCCGAAGGCGUCAAGCCCCGCACCACCAUCACCAAGCAGGACAGCCUGAUUGCGGAGAACGUCACCGUCGAGGAGAAGACGUCCAUCAAGGAGACGGUCGUUGGUGCGGGCUGCCAGAUCAACGAAGGAGCCAAGCUGUCUCAGUGUCUUUUGAUGGAAGGCGUGGUUGUCGGAAAGGGAUGCAAGCUCACGAGGUGUAUCCUCGGCAAGCGGUGCAUCAUUGGAGCAGGUUCCGUUCUUACAGACUGUGAGGUACAAGAGAACCUCAUCGUCGAGCCUCGCACCGAGGACAAGGACAACAAACUCAUGAGCUCCGAGGGCCUCGAGGCUACUGAGGCGGAAAUGGAGGAGGUGUUGCAGGAAAUGGAGGACGAAGUCGCCGCCACGGGAGAGGAUGUAGACAUGGAAUAGUUGAUUCAGAACUUGAAUAGAAAACAAGUAAAAUGGUUUCACAUC